AUGACUGAGACAUAUGAUAUCCUAAAUUUUCAGUCUUUCUUUGGUCAAACUGAAGCUCUAGUGAAAGUGGGUGAAAUUACCCCUCAUGAUCAGGAAUUCAUCAUUAAUGAAGAAGAUAUAGAUUGGCCAGAGUAUUUCCUGCAGAUUCCAACUUCUGAGUGCAGUCCAAACUGUGGCCCUGGAUUCAAGAAGACAGGCCGUGAAAAUCAGCCAAUCUGCUGCUUUGAUUGUACUCCAUGUCCUGAAGGGAAGAUUUCCAAUCAGAUAGAUGCAGAGCAGUGCCUGCUGUGCCCUGAAGAUCAGUACCCUAAUAGGGAAAGAGAUCAUUGCCUCCCCAGGACUGUGACCUUCCUGGCCUAUGAGGAACCUCUGGGAAUGAUUCUGGCCUGUGCAGCCAUCUGCUUCUCCCUCCUCACUGUGCUGGUCCUGGGGGUCUUUGUGAAGCACAGAGACACCCCCAUAGCCAAAGCCAAUAACCGCAGUCUCAGCUACACUCUGCUGGUCUUCCUCAGCCUCUGCUUCCUCUGCUCCUUGCUCUUCAUCGGCCAUCCUACCACAGCCACCUGCCUGCUGAGACAAACCACAUUUGCAGUUGUCUUCACAGUGGCCGUUUCCUCCAUUUUGGCUAAAACCAUCACUGUGGUUCUGGCCUUCAGGGCCACCAAACCAGGGAGCAGGCUCAGGAGCUGGCUGGGAUCCACAGCAUCUUACUCUCUCAUUUUCACCUGCACCCUCAUCCAAAUGUGUCUCUGUGGCAUUUGGCUUGGGACAUACCCCCCAUUUCUGGAGAUGGACAUCCACUCUGAGCCUGGCUCCAUUAUCAUCCAGUGCAAUGAGGGCUCCCUCCUCAUCUUCUACUGUGUCCUGGGCUACAUGGCCUUGCUGGCCUUGGCAAGCUUCACCAUGGCUUUCCUGGCCAGGAACCUGCCAGACACGUUCAACGAAGCCAAGUUCCUGACCUUCAGCAUGCUUGUGUUCUGCAGUGUCUGGAUCUCUUUCCUGCCCUCGUACCAGAGCUCCAAGGGCAAGGCCAUCGUGGCCUUGGAAGUCUUUGCCAUCUUGACCUCCAGUGCCGGGAUUCUCACUUGCAUCUUUGCUCCCAAGUGCUAUGUGAUCCUUCUGAGGUCAGACAGAAAUACCCUGGAGAUCCUGAAAAGGAAAGGUACUUCCUGAGAAGCCAGGAUGUCCCA